GUCUUAUCAGACGCGCGUGGAGGUUGCUCGGAUGCAGACGCCAUCGCUCCAGUCAGCGAAAUCCUGCCACAAUCGAGAAAGCUGCGGAAACGCUUCAGGAGUGAAAAUAAAAUAUCAUUCUUUAUUCGGAAAUUGAAAAGCCAAGCAAAAGCCAGAAAAUGGAAGCUGCCAAUGAAGAUAUAGAUCACUCCUGAGGAUGACCAUUGAGGGUAAAGUACAGGUGAAAAGUGGAAGAUAUAUGCACAUGCCAGUAUACAUACAGACGCGAAGACAAAAAGUGCUUUUAGGUCACACAAAAGGCUCUCCUCGCAUCGACAGCAAAUAGCAACAGCAUCGACAUCCGCAGCAGCAGCAGCAGCAGCAGCGGCAGCAACAGCCCGAAGGUAUCAUCCACGGGAAGAAGAACCAACAAAAAUCAACGUUAAUGUUCUGCAGCCGCAGUGAAGAUUAAGAAGCAUCGUUGCAAUGCCAUCCCGUCGCGCCGGCGGCGGCACAAUCAAGCGGAAGCACUCCCUGGGGAACCUACGACGGGCGCAUCCCGCCUCCGGAGCCACAUGGAAUGUGCAGGUGGUCAGAGGAAAAAUGUCCUCAAAGUGCUUGUGGCAUGCCUGUCGGGCUCUGAUCCUGGGCCUGACGCUGAUGCUCUUGGGCGCCGGAAUGGCCACCCUGGGCUACUAUGCGGAUCACCUGUCGAUGGGGUCGGAGCUGCGGGGCAAUGUGACGGUGCGCGUGAAGAACGACCUGAAGGGCUUCCAUCUGAACAACUUUGCGUAUGUGGGGCCCAUUGUGAUGGGCUUUGGGGGCUUCAUUGUGGUGGCCUCCUGUGUGAUGACCUUCGAGGCACGCGACUCGGCUGCGAAGGUGGUGCCGGCACGACUACGUGCCGGAGGAGGAGGAGGCAGCAGCAAGAAUCCAACGCGGAGUAAUCAGGGAUCAUCCGCUUCACAGCGACGGGGAAUGGGUGCCCAAUACCAAUCCACGCGCUGGGAUCAGCAUUUCGGGGUGUUCCGCUCAUCGCCGGGCGAUCCCCACCAGCAGCCACAGGCAGCCAUACUCUCUGCCACGCAUCCGCAUCACCAGCAGCUGCAGCAACAGCAGCAGCAGCAGCCCUUCGAUAGGGAGGCACUGACCGCGGAGUUGGUGAAAUUCUCCAAGUCCCUCAGUCGCCAAUCCACACGCUUUUCGCCGCAGUUGCGCCGCCUCACAUGCACUGGAUCAGUGCCCGAUCUGUCCACCAUCCAUGCCGCUGCCACCGCUCAUGCUCAUGCUCAUGAUCAUGCCAAUCUCCUUGAAUACACCUCCAACACCACCACCACCACCACCAACGCCGCCACUAAUCCCUCCAAUUUGCUCUCACUGCACCACUACCACCACCUGAUGACGACGACGCCGCUGGACACGCUGCUGCACACGGGUCCGUGCUGCACGAAACGCCAUCGGCGCCACCACCACCGGCACUCGCAUCACCAUCACCACGACCACAACCAACGACACCACCCGAAACCCUCGUCGUCGUCGGCAAGCAGCAGCGUGAGGAGAGUGCGCCAGGGGCGUCCCUGGGCAGGCCCAGGCCCGUCUGCCGCCGCCGCUUCCUCCUCCUCUUCGACUCGCAUCAUUAGCAACUCCUCGAGCCUUAUCCAGCGGGCCACACGAGAGUGCUCCUUGCUGCAGCCCCCGGCAGCGGGUCGGGUGUACUGGCAGGCCUCCUCUUUUGAUGGCGGCAGUGGCCAUGCCCAUGCGGCUGUCGCCAUCUCCAGCGCCGAAAAGCGCAGCGAGCGGAACAAACGCUCGGACACGGCCAAGCGGCAUGUCCUAUCCCGCCAGCGUCCCAUCGAGCAGGAGGAGGGACGUAGUCCUCUUGGGAACAGGCGCAAUUCCACCAUGUCGGAUUCCUCGUACAGUGGCCGCUGGACGGCUCGCUGUGCGUCGGUGGCUAGUCGCACUUCCAGCAUUGAGUCGAGGCGCGUUCAGGUCGAUCUGCACAGCCCGGAGGUGAUUCCCAAGUCAAUACUGCGCUCACCAAAGCGCUACAGCUCCGGACCCUCGGCCACGCCAUCGGUGGAUAAGGAUUUUCGAAGCCAAUUGUCUGUGUGCUCGGAGCCACCGCCUCCUGUCCGUCAGCUGUCGGGGCAGUCGAGCAUGGAGCCCGCCGUGCCGGAGGAGAGCCUUGAACAGGCCGAGGAUAGGUCCUACGAUGAGGUGCUGGCACUGGAGCAUCACCCGAGCAGCCUGCCUCCGAAGAAGGUGCGCCCGGACUUUCUGCCUCUCUCUCGCAGCGAGCAAGAGGAGAAUCCGAAUCAGAAUCAGAAUCAACAGAAGCAGAAUCAACAGAAGACGAUAGCUGCUGUCCCACUGUUUCGCAGCAACAGCUCUCGGCAGUUCUACAGGCCCAAGGCGGCGGUGGCUAGCGAGUUGGAUGACUCUGUGUUCCAUGCCCGCUCCAUGGAACGGGGAUUGGCCAAGGGCACUGGCAGUGCCGAUGAUCAGAUGUACGAUUCCCUCAAAGUGAUCAACGAACGGCGCUCCACGCUGCUGAAGGCGGACUCACAGAGUUCGCUGGGAUCGGCAGAGCGGAAACUAAGCAGUUUCUCGUUGAAGAUGCCCGAGAUAACAGAGCGGGAGAACUCCAUAGAUGUGGAAGAGCCACCACCACCACCACAGUCACCUGUCCCUGCCGCUGACUCUGCCCCUAAAAAGGAUAUAGAGCUUGGCAAAAUUGAUCCCUAGGAUCCGUAGGAUGCCCGCGGGAAUUGCGCAUAUGUAAAACAGCAGCCAUCGACAAUUACUUUAGAAAUUGAUGUAUAUUUGUAUUGUAUUGUAUUGUAUUGUAUGUGUGUGUCGUCUCUUGUUAGAUCGUAUUUAGAUAAGUGUUAUACCUCCCCCACACACGGACUGGUUCUGUAUCUACCCACUCCCACAGCAAUCCAGCAAUCGUUAAUCGACUAAAAGAACUAAGAACUAAGGAAUCAUAACGAUGUCUAUUAUAUAUACUACUUGUUGCCUGAGCAUACCGUACAUAUGUAUACCGUACUACUCCGUAGUCUUCCUAUUGUUAGAGUAUCGAGAUACUACUAUGUCGUUAUAACUAUUACCAUUACCAUUACUUAUUUGGAUGUUAGUUUUCAUUAAAUUGUCAUAGAACAGCAUCUACCCUGUAAAAAAUGUACAAUCAGCUUAUAGCAAAGACUGAUUAGGCAAAACAAAAAGAAGAAAGAAAGAAAAAACCUACGGAAUCGAGAGGGCAAACACACAUUUAAUGGAAAAAGCAAUCAAGUAAUUAAUAUCUGCCAACAGUUGAAGCACUCGGCACGUGAAUUUUUUUGGUCUCAGCAAAACAUUAACGAUUUGUUGCAUUACAAUGUACCUAAUUAAUAUGUAUGUUUAUAUAUCUGGAUGUUAAUUUUUAAGACAACGCGUUUCUUGUUCAAUAAGUGUUUUUGGAAAAAAAAAAACCCACUAAUUCAAAAUGAUGGAAUUAGCUGUGACGGCAACCUGUAACCCACAAAAAAAACGUUGCAUUUUAUAAUACUGUUCAUUGCAAGAUUAAUAUCAAGUCAAUAAAAACAAUGUGUG